AUGGCUGGAGCCACGUCGAGUUGGAAAGCAUAUAAAGAAGUCAUCAAGGAAGAGUCGGCAGUUCAUGAGCUCUUUCAUCUCCAUAAGAAAUAUGGUGAUAUUGUCCGCGUUUCCCCAAACGAACUCCAUUUUGGAAGCCCAGAUGCGUUCCACGAUAUCUACCAUAGCAGCAAAAGGUGGGACAAGGACACGGGUCUUUACCGAACCCCCGGGGUUUUCAUCCGGGUCAUUCACAUUCUUGAAAAAGCCAUCAAUAGUCUUGAGCAUCUCGUCUGGCGAAACGCGAAUCGGCUUGCAUCUUCCAUCGCCAAAACGAAUGCAUCAAAAAAGUCCGUCGACCUACUCUACGCAUUCCGGUCUUACACGCUCGAUACCAUAAUGUGCUUCACAUUCGGUAAUUGCGUAAACGCCCUCGAUGCGCCAGCAUUCAGCGACCCUCUGAUUCUAGCCAUGGAUGCCAGCCUUCGUAUGCUGCCUCUAAUGAAGAACUUCCCUAUAAUCCGAGAUCUCAUCUUCGCUAUACCACCAAGCCUGGUCAUGCGUCUCAUUCCCAACUCCCAGAAUCUAGCCCCGCGGCUAUACCAGGUCCGGGAUCUCGUCCAGCAACAGCUUCAAGUUGUCCUAAACUGCCCUUCAAAGCUCGAUACCGUACCUCACCAGACGCUCUUCCACCGAAUGCUCGAUCCAGAAUCAUACCGGAGCAAACAGGUCCUAAAUAUGACAGAGCUACACGACGAGGGCUUCACACUCAUCUUCGCGGGUGCCAAUACGGUAGCCGACACACUGCUCAUGGGCCACUGGCACUUAAUGCAAAACCAAGCCCUGCUAACACAAUUACGGACCGAGAUCCUGACCGUCUGGCCAGAUGAAAAGCAGCCAUCCCUAGCAGACCUCGAGACUCUACCUCUGCUGACAGCAACUAUCAAAGAAUCCCUCCGCUUUAUCCCGUCCGGCGUAUCCCUAACACGAGUCGUGCCACCAGGAGGCGCAGUAAUAGGGGGAAAACAGAUUCCCGGCGGGACGGUGGUUGGGAUGGCUAUUUUGCACGUGCAUCAGAGCGCGGAUGUGUGGGGUGCGGAUGCGCUUGUGUUCCGGCCGGAACGGUGGCUGGAGAGCGCGGAGCAGGCAAAUGCCCGGAACGGGAAGAGUGAGUUGGAUCACUGGCUCGUUGCGUUUAGUCGGGGGCCGCGCAUGUGCUUUGGGAUGAACUUAGCCUGGGCGGAGAUGUAUAUUGCUUUUGCUACUAUGAUUCGCCAUUUUGACUUGGCUAUUGAUGGUACCACGGCGGAGGAUAUGCAAUGGCGGGAAUGUAUUGCGGCUUACUAUCCCAAAAGGCAUUUGCAUGCGUGGUGUCGUCCGGUUGGGUCUGGGGAGGUGAUGUGA